AUGGCAUCUGCCACGAGCUCGCAUGCCAGCUCGGAUCCCUUUGAUCUGGGUGCUCAUACCCCGCCUAACCUUGCUCGCUUAGCCCGUGCAUCUCAGCUGCGAAAUAGUUCUCCCAUUGUGACCCGUCCCAUUGGUCUCUCUUCAGCAUUCCGGCGGCCGGCAGCAACGCCGUCGUCGCCCCUCAUCCGCCUGUCCAAUGCCGCCGCUACGGAAGGAGCGCGGCGUGAACCCGUCCCGAGCCUGCCCGGCACCACCGAGACCGACGUGCUCCAACCGACUGCGAAGCAAUUCACAUCUGGUCUCGAACACAGCUUCGCAGAGCACUUCUCCAACCGUUUUCUCGACCUCUGGAGGCAGACGCCCUCCGAUCUCCGACUCGCAUCUGCGCCGACGUACAGCAGCGUGGCCGCCGGUCGCACCGGACGACCAAUCCCCGCCCGCCGAAAGAAGACCUCCGGGUUUUGUGCGACUCCGGCCGAAGCACCGGCGAGGGACCACAAUAGCUACGCAAUCCGGACCCACAUUGCCGCCAAAGUCGGCAUCGACCUUCACCAAGUCCCAGCCGCUUUCAAGGUGAACUCCGGAUGGGCCAUCAGAACAACAGAUGCGACCAUUCGGGAUCUUAUCGUCCAACGACAGUCAGAGUGGUCCCAAGACAUGGGCGCGACAGAUGUAGAAAUCAGCCAGAGAUGGUACACCUACGCCGUGGCAAACUGCCCCUAUAUUCUUACCGACCUACAGGGAAAGAAUUGGACUACGAGCCAGCCGCCAAAGAUGAAAUCGCCUGCCAGACCGGCCUCAAACCCAUCAGGGUGCGCCCGCCAGGCGCAAGCCGAACGACCCCUGACCUGUACCUUGAUUGUCUCAUUCCUCGAACCGACUGAUAAGCCCUGGAGGCUGUUUGGAUCCAGUCGGCUCGCCCAAUACAUUGAGAGAUCUAGCCUGCCCAGCCAGUGCGACAAGUGCUGGGACUUUCACGCCCGACACACCUGCGACCGACAAGCAUCCUGCAAGCGGUGCGGACGGCGCGGCCACGACGCGGAAGCUUGCGUGGCCCUCGAGCGGUGCGCGAACUGCCUUGGGCCCCACGCCGCAGACUUUGCGAAGUGCCCUGCGCGCCCGAAGCGAUCACACGGCGUCAUUCGCCGUCUGACGAGAGAAGAGAAAUCUCGCGUCCGAGAGCUGGGCGCUCAACUGUCCGCCCGGCGAAAGGAACAAUACGAAAGAGUAGAACGAUCCGAGCAGCCCGAACGGGAUGCCACCUGCUCGCCGGGUGGUGUCACCGAAAAGACAACUCUGCGAGUCUUCCAAGCGAACGUGGGCAAGAUCUCGCCGGCGCACGACUGCGCCCUUGCCCUCGCCGAUUCCGAACAUUACGAUGUGGUGCUCCUCCAGGAGCCAUGGACAGAAACAAAGGGCGGCCGAUGCCUUACCAAAACACAUCCCGCCUACGACACCUUCUCCCCGGUUGACAGCUGGGAAGACAAUAGCACCCGACCCAGAGUCAUGACCUAUGUCCGCCGCAGGCCUGGGCUGAUGGUAGAUCAGAGGAGGCCCGCGGCAACUCGUGACAUUCUUUGGCUCACGGUCAACGACAUCACUUUGGUCAACGUUUACCGCCAACCAUGUCUGGUAGCAGGCGAUUUCAACGCCAAACACCACAGCUGGCAAGCCGGCCGCAUCGAGGGCCGCGGCGAGGCUGUAGCUGCAUGGGCGACAGCCAACGGUCUGAACCUGCUCAACCCGGCUGACGUCCCGACAAAUCCUCGCGGCAAUACGAUCGACCUUGCCUUCUCUAAUAUCGCCUUGGCCAAUGCCGUGGUGGAAGACCAUCUUGCCACCAGCUCCGACCACUUCACGCUCAGCACUACCCUGCCUGAGCUCGCUGUAGCGCCCCCACCCACUGGGAAGUUUGCCGCCAAAGCUGCAGGCCGGCCGGUCCGCAAGGGCGCACGCAGCGCGCCCUGGUGGACGGAGGAAUGCUCCUUGGCCGCGGUGGAGUAUCGCGCAAGAGUCGUGCGGCGAGUCAAGCGCCGUUACUGGCGCGAUCUGAUUGACAGCUUCACGGACAGUGCGUCCGUCUUCAAGGCGGUCCUGGAUGAUACCGUCUAUGAGACCCAACUAGACAAAGCCAACGCCCUGCGACGAGCAACGCUCGAACGUCGCACUUCGCAGGAUGACAUCACGGAUCCGUGGGUCCCAGUGGACACAGCGAGGACGAUUCCUUUCGCUCAGAACGUUUCCCUGGAGGAGGUCCGGGACGCGACCCUUCGCACGGGUAACACCUCUCCCGGCUCCGAUAACAUUACGGUCAAGAUGCUCCGUGCCGUCUGGCAUACCAUUGAAGCCUCGUCCACAAGCUGUAUCAGGGCUGUCUCGACAUCGGUCACCAUCCUAAGCCUUUCAGGAAGCGGAAGUGGUUAUGAUCACGAAGCCGGGGCGUCGGAACCUGUCAGAGGCCCGCGCCUGGCGUCCAAUCUCUCCUCUCCUGUCUGGGCAAAGGCCUCGAACGGCUUAUUGCGCGCCGUUUGGCGUCCGCUGUUGACCUUGUCGCCGCAUUGGAUGGCCUCGGAAUGUCGCUCGAUCGCCAGCUUCUCCCAUACUUUUCCUACUAUACACAGAGCCAAUCUACCGCCUGAGCAACCCCAAGGGCGUUUCGGCUAUGCAGACGACACUGCCGUCCUUUGCGUCGGAGACUCCCUGGAGGAGACUGCCCACAGAGCGUCGAAACAUGUUCACGAACUCAUGACAUGGGGCACCGCGAACGCGAUAACCUUCGACCCCAAGAAGACUGAAGUCAUGCACUUCUCCCGAACUACACCGAGGAAUGCACCUCCAGUCUUCCAUGGCGAGGUAGAAAAGCGGCCAGGCUCAGCCAUGCGGUGGCUCGGCAUCUGGCUUGACAGCACCCUGACGUUCAAGACGCACGUCGAGAAGUGGACUGCCAAAGCGCAAGCAGUGGCCUACCAUCUCAAGGAGGCGUGGUACCCGGGCAUGACCUGCCCGCGAUGGAAUAAGCCGGCAAAGGAAGGGCCAUCAAGAAUACGGCACCUCAUCCGGCGGAUGGACAAGUCGCUCAACACGGCCAUGCGAGCCAUCCUCCCGGUCUGGAAGACGACGCCGCUCAGCGCCAGGCACCGGGAGGCGGGCAUACCCCCGUCUCAAGUCCUCGACGAAGCGCACCCGCUUGCGGUGCGAACGAAGCCGAUCCGGGCCCCUGUCAUCAACAGGGCCAUUAAGUUAAAAUACCAGCGUCCACGACAACCUUUCCGGACCAGACUGCGUCGCACUGACGAGCUGCUCCCAAGGUGCGCCAGGCCAGACCUUCUCGCACAAUCGGCGGCAAACUUCGGCGAGUGGCUCCAAUCAGUUGCUCCACGGACAGCAAUCGUCUACUCGGACGGAUCCCUCUCCCCGGAGGGAGCCGCGGGGUACGGCUAUGCGGUACAUCAGGAUGGACUCACCGUCCUCAGCGGUAACGGCCGUCUUGGGCUUGCUGAGGUCUUUGAUGCCGAGGCGAGAGGCUCCCUAGAGGGUCUGCGUGCUGCGUUGAGCCUCCCGGCUGCAGACCAGAUUGUCGUAUGCCUCGAUAACCUCGCGGUCGCGACGUGUCUUCAAGGCAUGCCGUCAGAUUCCUCCCAGAAGGAGUUCCUGGAAUUCCAGGCCUUGGCCGCAGAACAUGGUGCCACUGAGAUCCGCUGGAUCCCCGGCCACACCAACAUCCCAGGUAACGAGCAGGCAGACGCCUUAGCAAAGGCAGGAACCUCUCAACCCGAGCCUGCAGACGCUCUCCCGACGCUGGCAUAUCUGCGCAAGGUCGCUAGGCAGCGACCAAAAGACGCAUUCAAAGCCUGGUGGGAAGUUUCUGCACCCCAACAAACCCACCACGGGGACUUCGCUGAUUACCACGAAAGGUUGAACCACGACGAUGCGCGACUGACGUGCUCAUGUGGUCGACGAAAAGAACAAAGCAUCUCUUCUAUUGCCGGAAGAUCGCGCCGCGACAUCGGAUGA